AUGAGAACUCGGGAUGCAUUCUUAUAUAUGACCGCAAAAAACCUCCUCAACUCACCAGUCAUCAGCAAAGGAGGCCACUACCCAAAUCUCUUAUUUGAUGACUAUGCAGGUGUAGGUACUGAGACGGUAUUUAAGGGUCCACCAUUCGAUUCUUGGCGUUGGUGGCUUUCUUCCAAAAUCCCAAUAAGCCUCACUUGUUACCUCGAGACCUCCUGUCUUGAUGGAGAAUCUACCUCGUUUUUAGCACCAAUGGAACUUUACAUCCAGGUUCUCGAGUGCUUCAAGGACUCAGGCUGCACUAUAACGCGGAAUACCUCUGUAGUGGAUGUACAUAGUACUUCGAGGGUGAAGUAA